CUUGCAACCGGCGGUUUUUGUUUUGCUGCAGAUUUUUGUGUUUAUUUUCAUUAUCUGCCGUUUUAUAAACCAUCCAUGAAGCGAAGAAGUCAAACGCAGGCCCAACAGGCCACUCCGGCCGCCAAGAAUGCCAAGGAAAAGGCAGGAGCGCUCACGGUGGCCCAGCUGAACUCGGAUGUCAUUUGGCAGCUGGCUUCGCAGUACUGGACGCCCGACACCAAGGCGGAUCACCUGCCCUAUAGCGCCAAAAUCAUCGAGCGCAUCUACAACGAGGAAAUCCGUGGAGGCGGUGGCCACAGUGCCCGGCGCAUCAACAUGCUGGAGUUCAGUCAGUAUUUGGAGCAAUAUCUGUGGCCCCAUUAUCAGCGCGACACCGCCACCCAUGCCCAUCUCAUGUCUAUUGUCAUAAUGGCCAACGAGAAGUUCCGGGAGCGCGUGGAAGUUUGGACUGUGUUCGAAAAACUUCCGGAUCAAUAUCCCGACUUCUUUCGCCACGUGCUGGAAAGCUGUUUGCCCGGCAAGAAGGCCAAGGAGGCCAGCAGCACGCUAAGGGAGCGAACUGCCCUGCUGAUGUUCAUCAACCACUGCUUCAACAGCAUGGAGAUCGAGCUGUGCCGUGAACAGGCCAAGCGACUGGUCUCCCUGUCCAUGUGGCACUGCCUGCAGCCGCGCCGCCGCGAGCAGGAGCUCCGGGAUGUUCCCGAGUGGCGAAAGUACUGGAAACGCCUGCUUAAAAAGGAAAAGGACAGCAAGCCAGAGGUCCUCUGGGAAAGACACUUCAUGCAGAACCUCAUAAUCGACUUCCUGCACAUCCUCGAAAGCAUUCCCGCCGAGGGCGAAGUGGCUACCAAUGUGGUUCACUACUGCGAGCGGUUCCUCGAGUUCAUCAUCGAUCUGGAGGCCCUACUCCCCACGCGUCGCUUCUUCAACACAGUUCUAGAUGAUUGCCAUCUCAUUGUGCGGGCUCUUCUGUCGCCUUUAGUUCGCCGCGAGGAGGGAAAACUGUUCGGUCAGCUCCUGGACAUGCUGAAGUUCUACACCCGCUUCGAGAUCAACGAUGUCACCGGCAGCUCGCUCACGGAUCACGACAUGACCCAGUUGCACUACAAGAAGAUCACCUCGCUGCAGCGGGCGGUGUUCGCCAAGUUUCCCAGCCUGCGGGUCUUUGCUCUGUCCAAUGUGGCCACCGUGGACAAUCGGGAGUCGCUGGAGCAGCACUUUGGUGGACUGGAUGGCAAGGGACUUCUUCAGAUUGCCACUUUCUUGAAUUUGGUUCCAGAGGAGGUGGCCGCACCCUUGGACUGGCAUCGUGUGGACGAGCAGUUCCUGCGUGAGUUGCUGAUUACGCGCCACGAGCGACGCUGCUCCCAGUUGGAGGCGCUCAAUGAGAUGCCCCUGUAUCCCACCGAGCAGAUCAUCUGGGAUGAGAACGUGGUGCCCUCGGAAUAUUAUUCCGGUGAGAGCUGCCUGGCACUGCCCAAGCUUAACCUGCAGUUCCUCACACUGCACGACUAUCUGCUGAGGAAUUUCAACCUAUUUCGAUUGGAAUCCACCUAUGAGAUCCGCCAGGAUAUUGAGGAUGCCGUCAGCCGCAUGUUGCCUUGGCAAUCAGAAGAUGGCGAUGUUGUCUUCGGAGGCUGGGCAAGGAUGGCUCUGCCCGUUGCCAGUUUCGCAGUGGUCGAGGUGGCCAAACCGCAUCUGGGCGAAAAGAAACCUUCGAGAGUGCGUGCCGAUGUGGGAGUAACACUUUCCGUGCGGCGGGAGAUCAAGGCAGAGUGGGAAAACCUGCGAAAGCACGACGUCUGCUUCUUGAUAACCGUGAAGCCAACGCAACCGUAUGGCACUAAGUACAAGCACAGGGAGCCGUUUAUUCCCCAGGUAGGUUUGGUCAGUGUGCGUGGCUGCGAGGUGGAGGGAAUGCUGGAUGCCAAUGGAAGGGUGAUAGAAGAUGGACCGGAACCCAGGCCACAACUGCCAGGUGAGCAGCGUUGCUAUCGCGUUUGGCUGGACUCGAAUCAGUAUCGCCAGGAUAUGGACGAUCUGCAGGAGGGUGCCGACGAUGUCUACGAGAGUUUCAACAUCCUGAUGCGCCGCAAGCCCAAGGAGAACAACUUCAAGGCUGUGCUGGAGACCAUUCGCCACUUGAUGAACACAGAAUGCGUGGUUCCGCCCUGGCUGCACGACAUCCUGCUGGGUUACGGUGACCCCGGGGCCGCUCACUACAGUAAUAUGUCCAAUCAAGAGCGCAGUCUCGAGUUCAAUGACACCUUCUUGGACUACAAGCAUCUAGAGGCCAGUUUUCCCAACUAUAAUUUAAAGUGUGAGGCACCAGAGGAAAAGCGUCAACCGCCCUAUCGACUAAUAUUCGAGGAUGUACCGAUCCACAAAGAAAGCGAUGAGGAGGAGGGUGAAGAGAAGGUUGAGCAGGAACUAACCAAAACCAUUGCAGUGCAGCCGUAUAAAUAUGAGGCCAGGGGACCUUAUCCCAGCGAUAAACCUAAGCAAAACUCGAUCCGUUUUACACCCACCCAAGUGGAAGCCAUUCGUGCGGGAAUGCAGCCGGGAUUGACACUGGUGGUUGGUCCGCCUGGUACCGGUAAAACUGACGUGGCCGUUCAAAUCAUAUCGAACAUAUAUCACAACCACCCCAGCCAACGCACCCUGAUUGUCACGCACUCCAAUCAGGCGCUCAAUCAAUUGUUCGAAAAGAUCAUGGCCUUGGAUAUCGAUGAGCGGCAUCUGCUGCGUCUUGGUCACGGCGAGGAGGCUCUGGAGACGGAGAAGGACUAUAGUCGCUAUGGACGAGUCAACUAUGUAUUGGCCAAGCGUGUGGAUCUGCUUGGCCAGGUUCAGAAGUUGCAAGAGUCGCUGGGUGUUAGUGGCGACAAUGCUUACACCUGCGAGACUGCUGGCUACUUUUAUCUGUACAAUGUGAUGGCGCGGUGGGAGAAGUUCCAGAGCCAAAUGAAUGUGCACAGGGAGGAGACGGAUGUGGAGAAGUUGAGAGCCCUGUUUGAGAAGGAGUUUCCCUUUGGCAAGUUCUUUGCGGACGCUCCGCAGCCCUUGUUUAAGGGUGCGAACUAUGAGGAGUUGAUGGACGCCGCCUGCUCCAAUUUCCGAUACAUCUCGGAUAUUUUCACCGAACUAGAGGAGUUCCGUGCUUUCGAAUUGCUGCGCACAGGUCUGGAUCGAUCUAAAUAUUUGCUCGUCAAAGAGGCAAAGAUCAUCGCCAUGACUUGUACACAUGCGGCACUAAAACGCAAAGAGCUGGUUAAUCUCGGUUUCCGAUAUGACAACAUCCUUAUGGAAGAAUCGGCGCAGAUCCUGGAGAUCGAGACAUUUAUUCCGCUGCUACUACAGAAUCCGCUGGAUGGACUGAAUCGCCUGAAACGCUGGAUCAUGAUCGGGGAUCAUCACCAGCUGCCGCCGGUGAUCAAAAACAUGGCCUUCCAAAAGUACUCCAACAUGGAACAGAGCUUGUUUACUAGGUUGGUGCGUCUUGGAGUGCCUACUGUAGAUCUGGAUGGACAGGGUCGUGCGCGAGCCAGCAUUUGCUCGCUGUACAAGUGGCGCUACAAGAAGCUGGAGGACCUGCAGCACAUCUUUGAGCGGGAUGAGUACAAGAAGGCCAAUGCGGGCUUUGCACACGACUAUCAGCUCAUCAAUGUGGAGGACUUCAAGGGAGUGGGCGAAAGCGAACCCAAUCCCUACUUCUAUCAGAAUCUUGCCGAGGCGGAGUAUAUCGUUGCCGUCUACACGUACAUGCGCUUGAUGGGCUAUCCCGCGGCCAAGAUCUCUAUACUGACCACUUACAACGGUCAGAAGCAUCUCAUCCGCGACGUGAUCAACGCCCGCUGCGGCAACAAUCCGCUCAUCGGUUGGCCGCACAAGAUCACCACCGUGGAUAAGUACCAGGGCCAGCAGAACGACUACAUUCUCAUCUCUCUGGUGCGCACCAAGGCGGUGGGACAUCUGCGGGAUGUGCGGCGUCUGGUGGUGGCCAUGAGUCGUGCGCGCCUUGGCCUUUAUGUCUUUGGCAGGGUCUCCCUGUUUAAAAACUGUCUGGAACUUCAACAGACCUUCAAACUACUCACACAGCGACCUCUGAAACUGAGUCUGGUGCCCGAUGAUAAGUACCCCACCGAACGUUUGGGCAGUGCUGAUGUGGCCAGGGAAGCUGUUAAAAUCAUAGAAAACAUGUCCGAAAUGGCGCAGUUUGUCUACGAGCGGUACAUGGCCAAAAUGGAGGAACUCAAGGGCACCCUGCCCACCGAAGAGGAGCUGCAGGCCAUGCGCAACCAGUUGCCCCAGGAAGACGACGAUACUGUUCCAGAGGAAGCUACCGAAGAGCCACCGGAAAAACGUGUAGCUAAGGAAGCGCCAGUGUCUAAGAAAAAGACAACAGAAGCCUUCAAGCCCACGCCCAUUCUCAACGAGAUAAGCGAGGUGGAAAUGGGAGAAAGGGAGCAGGUGGAAAAGGAAACCACCAAAGAGCCACCCCAGGAAUCCACUCCUUCCGAGGAGUCCUAGUUAAGUUGCUCAAAUAAUUUAAUUUCAAUAAGUUCCAACAAAGUUUUAGUGACAAAUGCACAACGCAUAGACCACACCU